CUUGCAUUGUAUGAAACACAUGUUCAGACGAGACUCGAUAGUGCGGAAGUGUACUGUAUUGCUCUGUGGAUUUUAUCACUUAACACAAAGGAUUUAAUUUCAAUCAUGACUGUUACGGAUUUACUUGCUUCAAAAAUGGCUCAUGAAGACAGAUGUUACAUGAGCCAAGUGGCAGAGGCUGUCAAAGACGUAGUCGACAUGGCUGCAACAGACAAAAGGCUGGUUCUGGGAGCCAUGCCUAGCGCCGAAUUCCUGGGCGAGGAAGCAGACAGCGUGGCCCUUUGUCUUCUGCUGGAGAACAAGUCGGACGAUGUUCUCAUCAGCAUCCAGCACAAGCUGGUGGAGGCCUACUGCUGGGAGAACGACAUCCCUCUCCUGAAGGUGGACAGCGAGGAUAAGGUCAGGAAGAUCCUGUCCUCUCACACUGACCCCAACAACAAUGAACCAGACGACCUGUCCUGCAUUCUUGUCAAGAACGCAGACAAAAUGUCCUCAUCGGAAUCGAUGCUGGCCGACUUCUUUGAUUACAUCAUCAAGAACGAGAUCGAACCUUUCCCCGUGAUAACCCUACCGGAGUGACGUAGUGCAGUGAACUCCUCGUGAUUCUCAGCAGCUCACUCUGAGUAAAUGAACUCACAUCUCGUAGCACGUGAACCCAAAAAUCUGGCAGCAGUGUCUGAACGGAUUGAAACCCUAGAGACUCGCGCCAACGAGCACGUGUUCCUAAGAGAGGUGCAGUGUACAUGUGCAUUUCCUCACCGGUCUUGGCGACCAUCGUUGGGGAUACAUGUCGCUGUCUGUGGAGAAAGAGACUGGCUUUACAUCUGACCCACAAUUUAUAC